UCACCUCUUAACCUUCUCUUCUCCAUGCUAUGGCAUUCUGCGCAUGACGAUUUGUUUGGGCAUUUAAUGUUUAGCCAGGAUCGCUUUGCAUGAAGGUUGGGAGUGAGCAGAAAACCCAGUUGUAAGGUUUAUGUUUUGCUGUGUUCUUUGUGCUUCAGUUGCCCAGGUUUUGGCCCAAGACAAUGGUGGCAUCUUGCUGACCCGUGAUGCCAACGCUUUAGAUGCUGCAACCGAGGAGACGGGAUGGUUCAAAAAAUUAUUUCACGCCGCCAAGGGUCUGGUGUGGAGCGAUGCGCCCAAUGCCACCCAGCCUCCGCCGAUUAGUGCCCCAUUGGUCCUGAGCCCCCAAACCACCCAAGCCCAGGCUCAUGCCCACUUUGCCCAAGACGAUCAAGGCAAAGCAGUGGCGAAGAUGAAUUUCUCUCUCCGGGUCGUCAAUGAGGACCUCGCCGUCGCUGCUGGAUCUGGCAUUUAUGUUGAAGGUGCUGCCAUCCGGAUCGAGGCAAGAGUCCAGGCGGAUGCCAACCUGUUCCCCAAACUGUUCGUCGACGAAUGCUACGGGACCGAUGCCCAACACCAAAGCCAGUCCAGGCGGGCCUAUGUCAUUGCGGAUAACCACGGAUGCCUGUACGCCAGUGACUCGGACGCAACUUGGUUCCGUAAAGAGGAUGAGACGAUCGUGCUCACGCUCCGUGUCCCUGCCUUUUUGUCGGAUGGGGAAUUGGAGGCGAUCUACAUCCACUGCCUCCUUACGGCCUGGAGCCAGAAAUUCCCUACUAGCCCUGGCAAGAAAACUUGCUACUUUGACCGCAUCUCCUCCAGGUGGAAAAACCUCGACGAACCCUCCAAGGCUUGGGUCUGCGGCUGCUGCGACAACCAUUGCCCUCCGGAGCCCCAUCCGCUUGGAAGCGUUAAAGCGUUUUCGGGCGAAGGAAGGCUGCGCAGGGAAGUAGUUGGACCUCUCUUAGUGCGGAAAGAAGCCAUCCCGUGGUUUGAAGGCCGAUGCCGCACCAUGAAGACGCUGCUGCUGGUGAGCGUGGCCUUCGUGGGAAGCUGCAUCUUGGCCGCCCUCUUCCUUGGCGUCCUCCUGGCCCUGGGGUUGGCGCUUUUCCGCUAUUCCCGCGCUGGCGAAUGGCGCCGGAAGGAGCAGCAUUUCCACGCGGAGCUGCAGACCGUGGCGGAGGCGCUGGCCAUUGCGGAGGAGAUCGAGAAGGAAUCCACCUUGGAUUACUGCAAGCUCAAGAGCGACGCUUCGGAGAAAGAGGACUGAGCAAGAACAAGUGGGAAUAAAUA